GCAGUUCAGUUUUCAAUUGGCGGUUGUCGGUUGUCGUAGUGUUGUUGCUUCAGUUGUCCGUUUAUCUAUGUUUACCUAACCGUCAGAAUUAAACAGUCAAACACGUGCUGUCAACUGUGCAGAAAACUAAAGAUCUUGACUUUUGAAUAUCAGUGUGUCGGAUUUGUUUGUUUUUUCGGAAAUGUGAGGUCGUUUUUACUGUUGUAAAAGCCAGUGGUUACCUAUUUUCAAAGUUUGUUGCCUUUGGUCGUUGCUCACAAGCAGCUAACCCGCUGAUCCAGCAAUGUGCUGGUGGUUAUUGGCGGCGGUUUUGACCCUGACAACGGCGUCGGCGUCCGCCCAGGCCUCCGCCGAGGAAUGCUACUCAUCAGCCGGAUUGUUUGGUGCAAUUCUCGCCACCCUCAUCAUAACUCUGGCUCUUGUAGCUGCUUCUUUUCUUGCCUGGAGGAUUUACAACCGGACUAGAAAAGGGAAACACCUUGUGCUCGUUACGCCCGAUCCGGAGAAGGGCGACUUUGCAUUUGACAAUCCUGUAUUUAGAGAAGGAACUCCGAUUGGGAGGUCAACUGAUAAAGAAGAGCACAAGGUUGGCUGGCCAUGUUGGACUCCAAUGAGUAUGCUCAACAAACAUCACAAACCAAAAGCAAUGGAUGACUCUUUUCUGCGUCAACCAAACGUGAUGAAUGUGGUUCCACUCAGAAGUCACGAUUUCACCGGAUUGGGAUUUAACAUUUGCGGCAACAUGAGAGACGGAAUAUUUGUGAAGGACGUUCUACAUCGAGGCCCAGCAUCAGAAUCUGGCAGAAUCGUUCCAGGAGACCGAAUCGAAAGUAUCCAGAUAAGUUUUCGGCAUAUGGUUUUCGAAGAUGCAAUUGCAAUUCUUGGUUAUGCCUCACCAUACGAAGUGAAACUGGAGGUGGAAAGCUCUGGUCCAUCUUCAAGACCUGCCACACUUUUGAGAAAUAAGAGAUCCUCAAUCAGUCCGGCCGAAAGGAUUUCCCAUCCACUCUAUCGCAGCCAAUCCAUAGCUGAUCUUUCAAAGAUACGAAAACAGGUAGACUCUCAUAACAGGAUGAGCCCCGAUCAUUCGAUUACAAUCAACGACCUGAGCAACGGAGACUUGAACAGACCUGCCAUCAUUGAAACAUCGCCAAUUGAUAAAAUGCAAAAGUUUGGAGUUCGAGUACUUCCAACCACACCAGAGGCCGUGCCUCGCCCGACCGAGCCGGAAAAACAUCAGAACGUUCGCAAUUCGAUGAUAGAGAGCACACAUCACGUUCAAGCUGCACCACUGGCAACAGCUGACACUGUCGAUGGUCAAUUGGUGGAGGUUGACCUCACAGAUGGCCAACAUAAUGUCAGCAACUCUAUUUUCUUCGAUGAGACCGAUCAAAGCAUCAGGAAAGACACACCUUCACCUGCAACUAAGGAAUCAAACAUGAAGUCUAUCUUGGCAAAGGGAAUACAGAAUUUGAAAGAAAAACUGCAACCCAUUGUCCACAAGUUGGAUAAAGAUACUGAAGACAAGGCUUCUCCCAAUCAUUCACCACAAACUGUAAAAAAUAAGAAAGAUAUAAAUGACAGUAAAGUUGUUGAGGUAAAGAAUGAUGCUUCAAAAAAUGCUGAAUUGGACAGUAUCAGUGUAACAGAAAAGAAUAUUGAUGCCAUACUUGCUGAUAAAAUCGGUAGACAUUCAAUGGAGGCGAGUAACAUUCCGGAGGAAGUGCAUAAAGCUGGAAUGGCAGCGAGGAGUAAUAGGAGAUCAGUAGUGGAAGUGGAAAGAAAGCGAAAAGACAGCAGUGGUGGUGAAAGCUCCAAUGAAGGCGACAGUGCACUUACUAAAAAGGGUAAACGUAAAGCCCCCCUGCCUCCACAACAUUCAACAAAGCUAGAGAGCAUGGAAGAUGAACAAAUGACAGAAAUAAUGUCUGGUUCAACUCAAAAUAAUAUGGACUCUGCAGACACAGAUUCGGAGGCGGGCGAUAGAAGCGGCACAACCAUUGAACUGAAUGACUCCCAUAUCACAGUGCAUCAUGCUGCGGAUUCAGAAAGUAAUAGGAAAGCUGCCUCGCUAGGUGACCUGUCCAGAAUAGACGACGAUCAGCCAAUAGUGAUGUUGGAAAGAGCGGUGUCGCUGGACUUGGCUGAUGGGACGCCCGGAGGAAGCAAGAAGCGCAAAGCACCUCUGCCACCGCAAGGGGAGGAGUUCUCCGACGAAGGAGGAUCCCCGUUCAGCAAGCCGAAAGGCGCCAGGAUGGACAACGGCAUCAAAGCACGACUCAAGAAGUCAUCGGACUGGGGCACUCUCGAGGACGCUGUCAAAUGCUCUAGUCUUUCAGAUGACGACACUGAUGCUGGAAUAAGUGGCUGCUCAACUCCAGAGAAGUCGUCAGACCUCAUAAUCACAUCGACUCCGUUCAGGCCAACAUCUCCCGACAUGAUUGACAACAAAAGUGGAAUGAACAGCGUCCAUGUGAGCAGCUGCAGCUGGGACCUGAGUGUGCCCGACUCUUCUAACGCCGACCAAUUUGUGACCGCAGUCAACGGCAGCGCUCUGACAGACAACAGUGACAACGACAAUGAUACACCUCCUGAUCUUCCAACGUCUCCUGUUCCCACUUACGUAACUGAAAUACAAGUUAUAACCACCACAGAAAAGUCUAAUGCUGACAAAGUUCCCUUCACAGACAGCCUUCUUCAUCCUUCAAGUCAUCCCAGAAUAAAUGUCUACAACAAUUAUAUAAUUCUGAGCACUCGUCAAUCGAUGAUAACUCUCUGUUCUCGCAAUCCGAUAGUGCAGGUGAAAUAUCUUCUGAAAAAACCAUCGCAACUACUCAUUUUCUUUUAAAUGAUGUCACGAAAAUGGAUGGAGCUGAAGGAGAUUUGGAAAUAAAACGACAGCCACUGUCGUUUAUUACUGAAAAAACGCCAACAGCUGGUGAUACAACAUGUCAAGUGUCAAUCAGUCAACCAAACAGCAUCGAUCCUAUAAUCAAUCAAGAUUUGUUGACCACUUUCAAACCGAACAGUGCGCAACAGAUUCCACACCUCUUCUCCAGCGAAAACAUGUCUGAUGAACAAAUUCUCGCUUUGAAAUCGUCAUCGCCAGAGCCCCUAGUACUCGACAACGGUACCAGUAAACUGAACAUCACAAAACCUGAUCGAGUGAAAAAUAAUGUUAGUGUAACAUCAAUCAAAACUUCGGGCUCAAGAAUUCCCGUGCGAGCUCCGGAACCCACUCAACGGAAAGUAAAGAAGGCGGAGCCUGGAAGCUAUGUUAGUUUUUCUUCACUCAACGUGUCGAGCAAUAGUGAUAAGGCACCAAUUACCCAACAAAAUGGCACUGACCAUAACAGUAUAACACAUAUUUUCCUUGAUAAUUCAAAGUAACGUUUCUAUCAAUUCUAUUGUUGCACUAAAGUCGUUUGACAAAAUGUAUGAAAUGAAACAGAAUAAGUGUGUCAGAAGAAUAAAUUAAAACAACACCUACGUGAUUUAUUUUGUCAAGACGAAAAAUGAAAUUUUUUGAUUGGACGCCAAACAGUAAAGCUUUGCCAGUACCAAUAUAACAUAAAUUGUUAAGAAUUUGCUGUGCCAAUUUAGAGAAUGGAGCUCUGAAGCUUAAAAGUAAAUAUAUUUUAGUCAUUGAAUGUAUAUAGUGGUAGAAUAGUUGUAAAAUUCAUCAACUGAGUUGUAUCAGUUGAUUCUACGUUCAUCAAUGUUACGCUUUUAAUACUUUAAGAAUGCUUUCAUUAUGUUUCUGAAUACCUGAUGAAAAGCAUGUACCGUAUUAUUAUUGUUACAAUAAAUUGUAGUUAAAAUUUUUAUCAGUUCCUGUGACUGAUUUUGCGUUCAUUAUCAUCAUUGGUUUUACCAUCAAUAGUGAGUUAGUGUGACUUUUAAAUAUUUUUUUGAUUAUCUGAAAUACUUUCCAAUUCUUCAAGUAAAAUUUUCCGGUUAAAAUUUUGCACGAAGGGUAAUGAAUUGGUUAUGCAUUAAACGUGCCAAUAUUGAAAAGUAUACAUCACAUUAUAAUAAUGUACAAAUCCUAGGCUAGAUUGUAUAUAGUAAUACUACCAAAACAGAAAAUGUAUUUUUCAAUUGUAAAUAUUAUAAUGUUGUUGAUAAUAUUGAAUUUUAUUAAUGAAAAUGAGUAAAAUAUACUUGUAAAUAUAGCAUUAUCGUCAAUUUAUAAUACUUGAGAAAUAUUUUCAAUUAAAAUAGUAUGUGAAUCAAAUGGAUAAAUUAUUUUGAACAUAAGUAUACAUAAAAGUAGACCAAAAUAGUUAUGAUAGUUUAUGACAAGUCAAUUUUGAUGAAAAAUUGAUACUUUCCAUCAUUUUUUUUAAUGUUAUGAUAAUGAUUCAUCAGUUAGGUAUUUUGAAAUCAAAAAAUCAUGACUAGAAAUCGAAUACGUGUUUCCAUAGGUUUGUUUUGAAAGAAAAUAAAGAAUAAUUAGCCUACUAGAAAGAAAUACUUUUCUUUAGCCUACUAGACAUACUUCAAUAAUAUUGAGCAAUUUCUAGUAGGCUAUGAAAAAUAUCAGUUGUAGACAAAAUAUCGAUACCGCCAACUUUUCAGUUACAUAUACAGUUAGGCUACUAUAAUAUAAUAACAGUAUAUUCUAUAUAAUUAAAAUUGGACUCAAAUUCUUAAGUGAAUGAAUCUUACUUUUUAGACUCAUAUAGUGUAUGAAUCAAAAUUCGGGAAAGGAACAGUUUUAGGCUGUCCUGUUGGUCCUUCCCUAAUCAUUUUAAUGAUUUGCAAGUUUAACCGUUAAGAGCUGAGCAACAGGGUUUUUUAAAAAUGUUGAUAGUGAAGUUUUUUGGUUUGGAUACUAUUAAGUUGUCAACAUAAAAUACAUUAAUUUAUUUGGAUUUUUGAAAUUAUUACAGUAUUACUUUUUGAAGACUGGAGUUGAAAUUUUGAUAAAAUCAUUUCACAAUGAUUGAUUGGCAGCAGAUAAAUUCAUAACAUUUCGUAAAUUAUUGUUCAUAAAAUAAAUAUUAGUUCUCUCAAAAUUUCACAUAAGAACAAUGAUAUUCAGUUUACAAUUUAUUCAAUUUGAGUUAUUUUGAAUCAUUUAUCAAUAAUAAUGAAUAAUGCAAUACAUUGCCAUCAAAUAAAAUUUUCCGUAAAGAAAAUAUUUUUAACAAAACAAAAUUUAUCUUAUUUAAUACCUUGAAGGAUACCCAGCUUUUCAAUUAUGAGCUACCAAUUGUAAAUUACUCUGUUUCAAAAAUUUCAACUUUAGGCGCUUAAAAAGUUAUAAUAAAAAAAUCAAUUUUUUACUGGCAUUUAUUUUAUUUUGAUUACUUGAUAUUAUCCAAAUCAAAAAUCUUAGAAAGAUUUUAUCAAUGAACAGCCUUGAAGCUAACUCAAAAAUAGUAAAAUUGGACAGUCAAAAGUUGUGGUCAUAACCAAUUCAGAAACUUUCAAGAUAUUUGAAUCCAGGUUCUUCAAUUCUGACUAUGGAAUAUUUUGUAAAUACUGUUUAUGAAAUAAUUAAGUUGCCAUCUGUUCAGAUCUAAUUUUAUCUUUCUAAAACAAAGCUGAAAUUUAUUGUCUGAAAAGAUUUUUUUUAUGUAUUCUACUAGUUUAAAAAUGAAAAACACUUGAAACUAAUGCUCAACUAUUUGUAAAGAAUAGAGGUGCUCAAGAUGUAAAUUUUGUAUAAUGAAAGGUGCUAAUAUUCCAUUGUAUAGAAUUAUCAAUAAAUCCUUAAAUUUGUACACUUUUACAUUUUAAUUUUAAAUGAUAGCCUACAGUAAUCAUUUUCAUAACUUAGCAGUAGAUUAGCAAGUAUUAAGAUAAUAAAAUAUCUAGCUAUAGUUUCAGUGUUGUUUUAUCUUAUGUAAUCAAAAUUGAAUCUAUCACAAAAGUAAAAGUUGAUUACUUGUUGAAUUGUAAAAUCAAAUUAUAAUAAUUUUAAUAAAUACAAUAAGCUUAAA